CGCGGGGCCGCGGCGCCUGAAGCUGCCCUCGAGGGCCAGUGCCGGGCACCCGGAGGCACCGCCGCCCCCGGAGCCCCUGCAGGGUUCGCUCGGGCUGGGUAGCUUUUCUUACGCGGUGGGGCGGACUGCGGUGCGGAGGGGGAGACAGUUUUCCAGGGAGAUCGUUUUCAGUAGGGACUUCGCCAUGAGUGUCCCCGAUUACAUGCAGUGUGCUGAGGACCACCAGACACUCCUCGUGGUGGUCCAGCCCGUGGGGAUCGUCUCGGAAGAGAACUUCUUCCGGAUCUACAAGAGGAUUUGUUCCGUGAGCCAGAUCAGCGUGCGAGACUCCCAGCGAGUGCUGUACAUCCGCUACCGGCACCACUACCCACCCGAGAACAACGAGUGGGGUGACUUCCAGACCCACCGCAAGGUCGUGGGCCUCGUCACCAUCACGGACUGCUUCUCGGCCAAGGACUGGCCGCAGACCUUCGAGAAGUUCCACAUGCAGAAGGAGAUCUAUGGCGCCACACUUUACGACUCCAGGCUCUUCGUCUUUGGGCUGCAGGGGGAGGUGGCCGAGCAGCCGCGCACUGACGUGGCCUUCUACCCCAGCUACGAGGACUGCCAGACCGUGGAGAGGAGGGUCGAGGACUUCAUCGAGUCGCUCUUCAUCGUGCUCGAGUCCAAGCGCCUGGACAGGGCCACAGACAAGUCCGGGGACAAGGUCCCUCUGCUCUGUGUCCCGUUUGAGAAAAAGGACUUCGUGGGCCUGGACACAGACAGUAGUAUGUUGUUGGGUCUGAAAAGGCAUUACAAGAAGCGGUGCCAGGGGCGCAUGCGGAAGCACGUGGGGGACCUGUGUCUGCAGGCGGGCAUGCUGCAGGACUCCCUGGUGCACUACCACCUGUCCGUGGAGCUCCUCCGCUCCGUGAAUGACUUCCUGUGGCUCGGAGCUGCCCUUGAAGGGCUAUGUUCGGCUUCUGUCAUCUAUCACUAUCCUGGUGGGACCAGUGGCAAGUCCGGGUCUCGGAGGUUCCAGGGGGGCUCCCUGCCGGCAGAGGCGGCCAACAGACACCGGCCAGGGGCACAAGAAGUUCUCAUUGACCCAGGCGCCCUCACCACCAACGGCAUCAACGCCGACACCAGCACCGAAAUCGGGCGCGCCAAGAACUGCCUCAGCCCGGAGGACAUCAUCGACAAGUACAAGGAGGCCAUCUCCUACUACAGCAAGUACAAGAACGCUGGCGUGAUUGAGCUGGAGGCGUGCGUCAAAGCCGUGCGUGUCCUGGCCAUUCAGAAGCGGAGCAUGGACGCUUCAGAGUUUCUCCAGAACGCCGUUUACAUUAACCUCCGGCAGCUUUCGGAGGAGGAGAAGAUUCAGCGCUACAGCAUCCUCUCUGAGCUCUACGAGCUGAUCGGCUUCCGGCGCAAGUCCGCCUUCUUCAAGCGGGUGGCGGCCAUGCAGUGCGUGGCGCCCAGCAUCGCGGAGCCUGGCUGGAGAGCCUGCUACAAGCUCCUGCUGGAGACUCUGCCGGGCUACAGCCUGUCGCUGGACCCGAAGGACUUCAACAAAGGCAUGCACCGGGGCUGGGCUGCUGUGCAGAUGCGUUUGCUCCACGAGCUGGUCUACGCCUCCCGCAGAAUGGGGAACCCCGCCCUGUCCGUCCGGCACCUGUCCUUCCUCCUGCAGACCAUGCUGGACUUCCUGUCGGAUCAAGAAAAGAAAGACGUGACUCAAAGCCUGGAGAGCUCUACGUCCAAGUGCCCGGGGACGAUGGAGCUCAUCACGCUGCCCGACGGCCUCACCCUGCCGCCCGUGCCCCUCACCAAACUGCCCAUCGUCAGGCGUGUGAAACUGCUGAACCUCCCUGCCAGCCUCCGGCCACAGAAAAUGAAAAGCCUGCUGGGUCAGAAUGUGUCCACCAAGAGCCCGUUCAUCUACUCGCCGAUCAUCGCCCACAGCCGCGGGGAGGAGCGCAGCAAGAAGAUCGAUUUCCAGUGGGUCCAAGGAGAUGUGUGUGAGGUCCAGCUGAUGGUGUACAACCCCAUGCCGUUCGAACUCCGCGUGGAAAACAUGGGGCUCCUCACGAGCGGAGUGGAGUUCGAGUCUCUUCCGGCGGCGCUUUCCCUCCCGGCCGAGUCUGGUCUGUACCCUGUGACGCUCGUUGGGGUCCCCCAGACAACGGGAACGAUCACUGUCAACGGCUACCAUACCACCGUCUUCGGCGUCUUCAGCGACUGCUUGCUGGACAGCCUCCCGGGAAUAAAGACCAGCGGCUCCACAGUCGAAGUGGUCCCUGCCCUGCCCCGGCUGCAGAUCAGCACGUCGCUGCCCAGAUCUGCACAUUCACUGCAGCCUUCCUCUGGGGACGAAGUAUCCACGCAUGUGUCGGUCCAGCUCUACAAUGGAGAGGCUCAGCAGCUGGUCAUUACCCUGGAGAAUAUUGGCCUGGAGCCACUGGAGAAGCUAGAGGUCACCUCCAAAAUCCUCACCACCAAAGAAAAACUGUACGGCGACUUCUUGAGCUGGAAGCUAGAAGAAACCCUGGCCCAGUUCCCUCUGCAACCUGGAAAGGUGGCCACUUUCACUGUCGACAUCAAAGUGAAGCUGGAUUUCUCCUGCCAGGAGAACCUCCUCCAAGACCUCAGCGACGAUGGGAUCAGUGUGAGCGGCUUCCCGCUGUGCAGUCCCUUCCGACAGGUCGUUCGGCCGCGCGUGGAGAGCAAACCCGCGAAUCCGCCUGAGGGCAGCAAGCCCGGGGACCCGAGCCACGUGAAGGCCCUGGAAGCGGUCCUGCACUUCAAGUACUCCGGAGGCCCGGGCCACGCCGCGGGCUACCACAGGAGCCUGUCCCUGGGGCUGCGCGCGGAGGUGGAGCCAUCGGUGUUCUUCACCCGGGUCAGCACGCUGCCGGCAACCAGCUCCCGGCAGUGCCACCUGCUCCUGGAUGUCUUCAACUCCACGGAGCGCGAGCUGACAGUCAGCGCCCGCAGCAGCGAGGAGCUGACCCUGCACGCGGGCGAGUGCCAGCGAAUGGCUAUUCAAGUGGACAAGUUCAACUUUGAGAGUUUCCCAGAGUCCCCUGGAGAGAAGGCGCAAUUUGCAAAUUCAAAGCAGCUGGAAGAGGAGAGGCAGGAAGCGCGAGGCCUGGAGAUCAACAGCAAGCUGGGCAUCCGCUGGCGAAUCCCCUCCCUGAAGCGCACAGGCGAGGCGAGCGUGGAAGGACUCCUGAAUCAGCUGGUCCUGGAGCAUCUGCAGCUGGCUCCUCUACAGUGGGAUGUGCUGGUGGAUGGACAGCCGUGUGACUGCGAGGCGGCAGCCUGCCGGGUCGGUGACCCCAUACGCCUGGAGGUGCGGCUGACCAACCGCAGCCCGCGCAGCGUGGGGCCCUUCGCGCUCACCGUAGUCCCCUACCAGGACCACCAGAACGGCGUACACAACUACGACCUGCGCAGCGCCGUCUCCUUCGUGGGCUCCAGCACCUUCUACCUGGACGCGGCGCAGCCCUCCAGCCAGUCGGCCUGCCUCGGGGCCCUCCUCUUCCUCUACACGGGCGACUUCUUCCUCCACAUCCGCUUCCACGAGGACAGCACGAGCAAGGAGCUGCCGCCCUCCUGGUUCUGCCUGCCCAGUGUGCACGUGCGCGCCCUGGAGGGGCGGGCCUGAGCCGCCCACGGGACUGGGCCCACGGGGGCGGGGGCUGGCCUGUCACCCCGGUGGGGGCGAGCCUUCACUGUAGCUCCUGUCCGCCCCCAGCCCCGGCCCCCACGCUGUGUACCCCUUUUUCCGGCAGCAUCCUUCCCCGGCCGUGCACAUCGCCCCGGUGCAGCAGCCUCACCGCAGCCCACACUGCCCCCGGGGCCUGACGCCAGGGCGGGUGCUGACCAGACCCCAGGGGUGGCACCCACCC